AUGAACGAAAUCACAAUCCCAUGCUCCAAUUGUAAGCAACCAAUAGCAGAAUCUAAACAUAUGCUCCAUGAAACAUAUUGUUUGCGUAAUAAUAUAAAGUGUCAAAAAUGUGGUUAAUUUUACGAUAAAAAUGAUCCGGAGAGUCAUGAGGAGGAAUACCACAAAAAAGAAAAAUGUUAAUAUUGUUCUCUAGAAUCUGAAGAUUUGAAAAAACAUAAAUGCUUGAAGAAGCCAAAGUAAUGCAUGCAUUGCGAUCUCUAUUUUCCAACCGAUUAAAUAUUUUCGCAUGAGACCCAAUGUGGCAGUAGAACUCAAAAAUGUGACAUUUGCAAUAAUUACGUAAUGAUCCGAGAGUACGAAAGCCACGUGAUCACUUGUAAACCUAAACCAAAAGCUGAGCCUCCUUAAGUUUAGAAUAAGCCGAGUUAUUCAGAUAUUUUUGAUAAGCCCAAUUAUAAUAAGCAAUAAAUAGAUGACAGAUUCGAUCAAUAAAAGUUUAACAGCAAAAAGGAGACAUCAUAACAAGAUGCGUAAAGCCAAGCAUUUAAAAAAUAAUAACUUCAACAACAAUAAUAGCAAUAACAAUAAUAAACUAAGCCUGUUGGGUCUGGGUAUAAAUAUGGAUAAGCAGCUGGAGAAGCAAAAAAUUCAUAUCAAAUUAAGGAUGAGGAUAAAAAUAGAUAAAAAGAUAAUAUAAGACCUCCAUCCUCUAAUACUUAAACAGGUUCUCGGACUUAAAAGUAGCCUACAACUCAAGCCAUCUAACCUAAAUAAUAGCCUGGUUCCUUAACUAAUUAAAGAUAAUAGAAUUCAACUUAAAAAGAAGAUAAAACUCAAUUUGAUAAUCAAUACGAAAAGCAACAAUAUUUGAAUAAGCAAUCCUAACAAAUUUAACCACAACCGUAAUAAUAACAAAGGUAACCAGUUCAAAAUUAGAAAAGUUUAGAAAGCUAUAAAAAUCCUUAAAAUAAUAAACCAUAGUCUUACAUUUCAAACAAUAGGCCUGACUUAAGGAGACCUGAUACAGCUAUAGCAAGAGAGAUUUAAAAGUAAAUGGAAGUGGAAGAACAGUUUGGAAUGAGUUCAGAGGAAUAUUUAGAAUAGAAAAUGUUAAAUGAGAUGUCACAAAAAGAAAAAUAAGAAAAGGCUCCACCGAUCAAAAAGGCACCUCCUCCUCCUCCUCAAACUGUGGUACCUGAAAAAUUUCCUUAAUAUUAUGAUAGUAAGGAAUUUGAUUUCGAGGGUAUUUCGGAGGAUGAAAAACUAAUUCAAUAGCAAAUAAUGGAAAGUUUGAAAUUUAAUUAGAAGAAAAGUUGA